GAACGAAGACGCCACCGAAGUUCUUCACGAACCUCUAGUCACCGCCAUAGAUCACAUUCAAGAUCUCGUCGCUCACGUAAAUCACGUUCUAGAUCACGAGAUAGACGUAGAAGACAUCGGAGUAGGACUAGGUCGCGUGAGAGACGAAGAAGAAGUCGAACUCGUUCUAGAGAAAGAAAGAGGAGAAGUCGUAGUCCACGUAGAAGAAGCAUUGACCGACGCCGGAGAUCACCAACUCCCCCUUUAGAUGAAGAGGAGCGUGACAAGCGAACAGUUUUUGUCAUGCAACUGGCUGCACGUCUUCGUUCUCGUGAACUUGCUGAUUUUUUUGCAACCGUUGGAAAAGUUCGUGAUGCAAAAAUAAUUGCAGAUAGAAUAUCCCGGAGGUCAAAAGGGGUUGGUUAUGUUGAAUUUUAUGAUGAAGAAUCUGUCCCAAAAGCUUUGGCUUUGACUGGACAAAAACUUUUAGGCAUUCCAGUUAUUGUCCAAUUAACCGAAGCAGAAAAGAAUCGACAAGCAAGGCUGGCAGAACAGGCAGCUUCGCAUGCAACUGAUAUUGCAUAUCACAGACUUUACGUCGGUUCUGUUCAUUUCAAUUUGACAGAAGAUGAUCUAAGGCAAGUUUUUGAACCGUUUGGACCCUUAGAAUUUGUCAAUCUUCAUAAAGAUCCCGAAACAGGACGAUCACGAGGUUUUGCUUUCAUUCAAUAUAAGAAUCCAGAGGACGCAAAACAAGCGUUAGAGAAAAUGAACGGAUUUGAAUUGGCUGGAAGAACAAUCAAAGUAGGUCUAGUUACUGACAAAAGUAACGGCAUGAAUUUAAAUCUUGAUGAUGGCGAUGUUGCUGGUUUAGCCCUCAACGCACAAUCACGUGUUGAAUUAAUGCAAAAAUUAGCACGUGAUACAGAUUUGAUUGCUCCAACCGCAACUCCUAUUCAAUCAGAACCUCCGCGCCCAGUUCAACCUAGAGUAAAUCCGACUCGUUGCGUCCUAUUGAAAAAUAUGUUUAAUCCUGACGAAGAAACUGAGUCAAACUGGGCUGAAGAGCUUGAGGAAGACGUGAAAAGUGAAUGUAUAAAAUACGGACCUGUUGUCCAUAUUAGUGUUGAUAGGGAGUCGGCAGGGGAUAUUUAUAUGAAAUUUGAUAGUGUAUCGUCCGCUCAGGCUGCAGUGAACGGUCUUAAUGGCCGAUGGUUUGGGGGAAAUCAAAUAUCGGCAGUUUUCAUUCUCGAUAUGUUUUAUAACGUUCGGUUUCCUAAAGCCGCAAAUCUAUAA